AUGAAACUCGUAUUUGAAUCCGACAAAGCGCAAUGGAUAGGAAGGGACACAGUAAUUGGUUGUGGAUUUGAUCCAAGAAAAAAGAAAGUUUUCUUCACAUUAGACUCAGAAUUGGUGCAUGUAAUUCACUGUCAAUCAGAGGAAUUCAGCACACCACUCUGUCCAACAAUUGCGGCAAAUAUAGACAUUAUGAUUUUAGUUAAUUUUGGACAAGUUGCAUUCAAAUAUGCGCCUGCAAAUGCGCAAAGAACGCCGAAUCCGUGUUUUAUAGCACCACUUGUACAUUCCCCUGGUGCUACGCUUGGAUUUGAUGACAGUAAGGAACUAUUCUCGAUGGGAAGGAUUGAUUCGCCGUGGCAGAAUCGAUCCGCGACGAAAGGAAAUAACAACGGUGGGAAUAAUAAUAAUCUAGCAUUUGAUUUUGAUGAGGAAUCUGAAGCUGAUUUGUUUGAAAUUGUGUUGGAUGGUUCAGAAAAAUCACCAUACUCAGUGUCCUUAUCAUAA